AUGGGACCUCCCCCGGAUCUUUUGCCCGAUGCCACGUCGGAACAGAGGUAUAACGUGGGCUUCCUGGUGCUGGAUGAGGCCGACCGCAUGCUCGACAUGGGCUUUGAACCGCAGAUUCGCGAGAUCGUUCAGAAGCGUGACAUGCCAUCCUGUCGGGAGGGCCGCAUGACGCUGAUGUUCUCGGCGACCUUCCCCAAGGAGAUCCAGAAGCUCGCGCAAGCCUUCAUGAGGAGCUACAUCUGGAUCGGCGUCGGCCGGGUGGGUGGCGCCGUGGACACGGUGGAGCAGACCUUCAUCGUCACCGGCAACCGAGGCAAGCCGGACGUCCUGACCAAGGUCCUGAACACGAACCCCACGGACUCGACCCUGAUCUUCGUGGCCAUGAAGCGCACGGCCGCCUGGUUGGAGGGGCACCUUACUCGGAUGGGCUACAAUGCCGCGGCAAUUCAUGGUGACAUGGAGCAGCGGGAGCGCGAGCAGUCCCUCUCCACCUUCAAGAGUGGGAAGAGCACCUUCCUCGUGGCCACAGAUGUUGCUGCCCGUGGCCUCGACAUCCCGAAGGUCUCGCACGUCAUCAACUACGACCUGCCGCAAAACAUUGACUCUUAUGUUCACCGGAUCGGCCGGACCGGACGCAUUGGUAACCACGGCUGGGCCACCAGCUUCUAUGUCCCGGCACACGAUGGCCAGCAUUCCAAUGCCAAUGUCGUCAAAGGCCUGUUUCGGCUUCGAAGUUAG